AUGAAAGCUGCAUGGCAAGAGGCCAGACAGGGGAGGAGGCGAGCGGCGGCGGAAGUAGCGUCCGCGAGCACAGCCGUUGCAAGUCCUGCUCGGCCAGGAACAGACGACGAAGCAGGAGAAUAUGGCUCGGGAACGACUGGGUCCAGCACAGCAACAACGGGGUCCACGUCAGGAGCAUCCGGAUCCACGUCGGGACAAGUAGAAUCUGGAAAAGAAAGAGAGCGCGGACGGAACACGGAAGGUGGUAACCCGAGGACGACUGCGGUCAGGGAGGAAAGCUCAGCGGUUGGCGGCAGUGACAUCGGCAGUGAAAGCGGUAGAGAUAGCGCUUCUACUGCCUUUGCUGAUUUCACUGAUACGUUGUCUGCUAUUUCCCCCUCUCGUUCCCCUCUUUCCUCCUCUCCCUCCUCCCCUUCUGUAGUGUCUCUUCUCUCACAGCACGACCAGCACUUGCAGCAGUGGCAGCGGCACUUAGACCGAGCCUUCUCCGAAAGUUCCGCUGCUGGUGGCGGUGGAUGGGCGCGUGCCAGACGCAGUGGCGGGAGGGGCGUGGGAGCAGGCGGGGGGAAGGAUGGUGCGCGUGACGUGGCGGAAAGCAGAAGGAAGGGAAGCGGGGAAGGGGGGGAGAUGGAAGGGCGGGGAGGGGAUCAGGGAGAGGUGGGAGAGGGUAGGGAUAGGGAAGGGGUUCAGGCAGGGGAUGGGGACACAGGGGAUGUUAGCCAGAGGGAGAAGGAGAGCGUUGGAGCAGGGGAAGAGAGAAGGGUGGAAGGGGGAGGCAUGAGGAGGCGGUUAGGGGCCUUGAAGAAGCGGAAGUGGAACGUCAGUCUAGUGAAGGCGGUGGGGACGAGCAAGGGAAGACCAAUACAGAGGCAGGAGCAGGAGCAGGAGGAGAAGCAGCAGCAGGAGCAGGAGGAGAAGCAGCAGCAGGAGCAGGAGGAGAAGCAGCAGCAGGAGCAGCGGCAGCAGGAGCAUCAGCAGCAGGAGGAGCACCAGCAGCAGCAGCAGGGGGAGGAUCAUUAUCAGCAGCAGCAGCAGGAGCAACAACAGCAGCUGCAACAGUUGGUUGAGGAGGCGCGAUGGAGGGAAGGGGUGAAGGCGAAGGCUGUGUCGUGCCUGGCAAUGCUGCAGCAGCAUGAGACGAUGCAGGGCAGACUGGCUCAAGCUCACCAGCAAUACCAUCAGUCGCUGCUCCACCCAUCCUCCACUCCCUACUCCUCCUCCUCCUCCUCCUCCUCCUCCUCCUCCUCCGCCUCUGCAUCCCCAUCGUCCUCUUCCCCCUCACUCGCCUCCCCAUCGUCCUCUUCUCCCUCACUCGCCUCCCCAUUGCACCCCUUGAGGGCUGUCAUGGCUUCUAUAAGAGCCGACCUGCGGCGGUUGCAGCAGCAGCUGCAGGCGCAGUGCAGAGUUGAUGCGAGGGACUUACCGCUGAGAAUGGAGGAGCGGAGCAAGCUGAUGAGAGAGGCGGGAUGUGGGAGCAAGGUACUUGGGGAGGGAGGCGUGGGAAGAGGGUUAGGUGGUGGGGGAGGAGGAGUAAGAGGAGGAGGGGAAGGGGAUGAAGGAAGGCAAGAGGAGGGAAGUGAGGAGGAACGUAAGGAGGGAAGGCAGGGGGAGGGCAAGGAGCGGGCAAGCGAGAGAAGCUCGUGGUGGUGCAGCGGGCAGGAGACCGGCAGGGCAGCUCGCACCUGCAUGGGGCUGAGAGCCCCUUCCCCUCUUGCACGGCUCUCCCCACACCUCUUCCCCUCCUCCCCCCCCGCUGUCUCCUUCCUCCUGCAGUAUUUUCGCCAGCCUGGCAUGAUUGCGGACCUGCUCGCCCGCCCCCAUAACUGCACCUGGGUUCCGAGGGCUGGGGGGACGGGGAGGGGGAGGCGAAGGGGGGAGGCGGGUGGAACAAGGGGUGCUAGGAAGGGGGAGGCUGGGUGGGAAGGGGGAGUGGUGGAGGGAGGGAGUGUCAGGGUGGUGGAGAUGUUAGUUCACGCGGAUAGUCCUGAGGAGUGGAGGGAAUGGAGGGAGUAUUGGUGUGGGAGGAAGCCGCUGACCAACCCUGCUGACCCUGCUGCCUCUGCCGGUGCUGUUGGUGCUCUUACCACUGCCAAUACGAAAAGAAACAGCACUACAAGCAGCAGCAGCAGCAGCAGCAGCACAAGAACCAGCAGCAGCAGCAGCAGCAGGGAGUGUCCCGGCAACCCUUACUUCCACCUGCAGGUCACCUUCGACCACAACUCACACGAAAUCCGCGGCUUCAACACCCACGCCAAAACAGCGCGCGGUAACGUGGUAACCCUGUUACAGGAUGACGACCUGCUGCCCUGGGACUGCAACUGGCUGUGGGGCAUCCUCCACGAGAUGGAGGCACGCCCGCUAGUCGCUGCAGUGGGCUACAGGACAGGGAAGAUUGACGUGGAUGGGAGCAACUGGGGUGCUCCCCUGGUACAGGUUCGGGGGAUGGCUCUGGACCCACCCAUCCUCCGACCGCCGAACCGGCGAGGCCUCCCCUGCAUGGCCAGUCGAGGUGCCUCGUCCUGCGUUUCCCUGUGCCUUUGCCGCAUCCCUUUGCGCCUCUACCGCAUCCCUUUGCGCCUCUGCCCCAUGCCUUUGCGCCUCUGCCCCAUGCAUUUGCGCAUGUCCUUGGCUCCCCCUCUUCCCCCCCCUCCCCUGCGCAUGCAGGUGCACAUGCCACUGGCGGGGGCCUUGCGAGUGCUGGUGCACGUGUCACAGGCGGGGGGCGGGCGGGUGCUGGUGUGGUGGGUGACAGCUAGCAACACGCCAGCCCGUGUGGAGUACGGGGAGAGCCGCGCCAAGUACACCAGAGUGGCUUCCGGGAGUGUGACUGGUUAUAGGUCAGGUUACAUCCACAAGGUGAUGCUGGGACGGCGCUUCAAGGACGGCGUCUUAAAGCCCGCCACCACCUACUACUACCGCCUGGGAGGCGCGGGGCCCGAGUUUGCCUUCAAGACGCUGCCGCUGCCGUCCCAGCCCAUUGAUGUGGCGCUCGUGGGGGAGUGGGCGGGAGUGGCAGCAGGAGUUACACCUGAGGGGCCCACUUGGAACUUCUCACGCCCCUUCUCCCCUUUUUUCCCGCCCCGUUUUCUCCCGCUUCUCCCCUUCUUCUCCCCCUUCUCCCCUUCUUCUUCCCCUUCUCCCCUUCUUCUCCCGCUUCUCCCCCUUCUUCUCCCCCUUCCCCCCUUCUUCUCCCCUUUCUCCCCCUUCUUCUCCUUUUCCCCCUUCUCCCCUUUAGCCCCUAUGUCCUCCCCUCCGUCCCCCUCAUGCACGCUGGUCGACAUGGACCCAGCAGCAGCAGCAAGCACCAGCAGCCGCCACCACCAACCCCACCCACCCUCCCGUCCCCACCAUGCACGCUGGUCAACAUGGACCCAGCAGCAGCAACAGUUAGCCGCCACCACCAUCACGCACCUCUCUUGCGCCCCUCUAUCCAUCCCACUCCGAUAUUGGCUGCAAGCCACCAGCAGCCGCCACCAUCUCACGCUUGCCUUCCCUUUACACACACGCAACUCCCCCCCACCCCCCCUUCCUCCCCCUCAAUCAGCCGACAUGGGUUGCAAGCCACCAGCAGCCGCCACCAUCGCACGCCUCUCCCACAUGCCGCACGCCCUCGUGGUCUUCCUUGGGGACCUCUCCUACGCCAACGGCUACCAACCAGAUUGGGACAAGUUUCAGUCCAUCAUUCAGCCAGCAGCGUCCCUGCGCCCUUGGAUGAUGGCCCCGGGGAACCACGAGGACGAGGCUGAUGAAGGCGCGCCGAGGCUGAACCCCUUCGCUGGCCCAUGCCUGCUGCUGCCAGCGGGUCGCCCUCGAACCUCUUCUACUCGUUUGAUAGCGGCAGCGUUCAUUGGGUGA